UACCAAUGAACCACUCCAUUCAAAUGUCAACAUGCCCGCCCACGGAAUCACCAUCAUUUUCUCCCCUUACCAUGUCGGUCUCCGCGACCACCGCGUGGGCAACGGCCCGCACCGCCUCCGCUCAUUAGGCCUCAUCCCGGAGCUCGAAAAGCUAGGCGUAAACAUCACAGUGACAGAGAUCGACCGAGUGGAUACCUUCGAAGGCGAAAUCGGCCGCAGCUUCGAGAUCCUGCGCCGCAUUUCCAAAGCUGUCUCGGACGCCGUAAACAACCAUACCUUCCCGCUCAUCCUGUCGGGGAACUGCAUGGCCAGCGCGGCCGUCGCCUGCGGCCUCCAAACCAAAGACCUGGCCUUCAUCUACUUCGACGCCCAUGAUGAUCUCGAUUCCCCCGACGUUAAUGAGAACGGGUACUUUGACGCCAUGGGCCUCUCCAUGUUGCGCGGGGAGAGCUGGAAAACGCUCAUGAAAACGGUCCCGGGGUUUGAGCCGUUCGACUACUCCCGCUUCCUGUACUGCGGGUUACGCGAUCAAUCGGAGGUGCAGAGGCAGCGGGUCAUCGACGCCGGAAUGGUCUCGAUCUGGGGUGAUGUGGAGAAGAAGGUGGAUUUCCCGCGGGAGUUGAAGGCGCAGCUUGAGAGGCGCUCUUAUAGCCCCGCCUUGGUGCAUCUGGAUCUAGAUGUUUUGGACGAGUCGUAUGGCAAGGUCAAUGAUUAUCCGUCACCUGGGGGGCUGUUUGAGUCGGACUUGAUCGAUUGUAUGGAUUUGGUGCCGAGGAAAUCGACUCCGAAGUCACUUACAGUGUGCUCGUUUGAUCCGAAUGCGGGAUAUGGGGAUAGGAUUGCCGCAAUUGGGAUAAAGGCUAUUAAGGCGUUUGUACUGUCGUUGCAGGAUACUGGGGUUUUGUCCGGGAAUUAGAAGUAUCUUUAGAAUAGGACCAAAUGCAAUUGUG